GCCUUCCCGGAGUGCUUCGCGCCGGGCCCCUUCAGCGUGGGUGAGCGAAUGUGAGAGUCAGCGUCGCGCCGUGCGCGCCGUCCGCCUCCGCUGCUCGGCGCCCUUAUUUCGGCUGCGAGGCGCGGGCGCGCGCGUAAAGGCAUAGAGACGGGCGUUGAGCUGUCGGGCUAGAGCGUCGCCGAGUCGGAGCCGGAGCCCGAGCCGCGCGCUGUGUCUCCGCUGCGUCCGCCGAGGCCCCCGAGUGUCAGGGACAAAAGCCGCCGCUGCGCCGCCUGCUCCCGUCGCCGGGGCUCAUCCGCUGCCGCCGCCACCCUGAGGAGAGUCCGCCGCCGUCGCCACCCGUGAGGAUCCGAGAGCCAUGUCGGCCAGCAGCCUCUUGGAGCAGAGACCAAAAGGUCAAGGAAACAAAGUACAAAAUGGAUCUGUACAUCAAAAGGAUGGAUUAAAUGAUGAUGAUUUUGAACCUUACUUGAGUCCACAGGCAAGGCCCAAUAAUGCAUAUACUGCCAUGUCAGAUUCCUACUUACCCAGUUACUACAGUCCCUCCAUUGGCUUCUCCUAUUCUUUGGGUGAAGCUGCUUGGUCUACUGGGGGUGACACAGCCAUGCCCUAUCUAACUUCUUAUGGACAGCUGAGCAACGGAGAGCCUCACUUCCUACCAGAUGCAAUGUUCGGACAACCAGGAGCCCUGGGUAGCACUCCAUUUCUUGGUCAGCAUGGUUUUAAUUUCUUUCCCAGUGGGAUUGACUUCUCAGCUUGGGGAAAUAACAGUUCUCAGGGACAGUCUACUCAGAGCUCUGGAUAUAGUAGCAAUUAUGCUUAUGCACCUAGCUCCUUAGGUGGAGCCAUGAUUGAUGGACAGUCAGCUUUUGCCAGUGAGACCCUCAAUAAGGCUCCUGGCAUGAAUACUAUAGACCAGGGGAUGGCAGCCCUGAAGUUGGGUAGCACAGAAGUUGCAAGCAAUGUUCCAAAAGUUGUAGGCUCUGCUGUUGGUAGCGGGUCCAUUACUAGUAACAUCGUGGCUUCCAAUAGUUUGCCUCCAGCUACCAUUGCUCCUCCAAAACCAGCGUCUUGGGCUGAUAUUGCUAGCAAGCCUGCAAAACAGCAACCCAAGUUGAAGACCAAGAAUGGCAUUGCAGGGUCAAGUCUUCCACCACCUCCAAUAAAACAUAACAUGGAUAUUGGAACUUGGGAUAACAAGGGUCCUGUGGCAAAAACUCCCUCACAGGCUUUGGUUCAGAACAUAGGUCAGCAGCCAACCCAGGGGUCUCCCCAGCCUGUAGGUCAGCAGGCUAACAGUAGCCCACCAGCGGCUCAGGCAUCAGUAGGGCAACAGACACAGCCAUUGCCCCCACCACCACCACAGCCUGCCCAGCUCUCAGUGCAGCAACAGGCAGCUCAGCCAACCCGCUGGGUAGCACCUCGGAACCGUGGCAGUGGGUUCGGUCAUAAUGGGGUGGAUGGUAAUGGAGUAGGACAGUCUCAGGCUGGAUCUGGAUCUACUCCUUCAGAACCUCACCCAGUGUUGGAGAAGCUGCGGUCCAUUAAUAACUAUAACCCCAAGGAUUUUGACUGGAAUCUGAAACAUGGCCGGGUUUUCAUCAUUAAGAGCUACUCUGAGGACGAUAUCCACCGUUCCAUUAAGUAUAAUAUCUGGUGCAGCACAGAGCAUGGUAACAAGAGACUGGAUGCUGCUUAUCGCUCCAUGAACGGGAAGGGCCCUGUUUACUUACUUUUCAGUGUCAACGGCAGUGGACACUUCUGUGGCGUUGCAGAAAUGAAAUCUGCUGUGGACUACAACACAUGUGCAGGUGUGUGGUCCCAGGACAAAUGGAAGGGUCGUUUUGAUGUCAGGUGGAUUUUUGUGAAGGACGUUCCCAAUAGCCAGUUGCGACACAUUCGCCUAGAGAACAACGAGAAUAAACCAGUGACCAACUCCAGGGACACUCAGGAAGUGCCUCUGGAAAAGGCUAAGCAGGUGUUGAAAAUCAUAGCCAGCUACAAGCACACCACUUCCAUUUUUGAUGACUUCUCACACUAUGAGAAACGCCAAGAGGAAGAAGAAAGUGUUAAAAAGGAACGUCAAGGUCGUGGGAAAUAAGAGGCAGUUCUGCACAGACUGCAGCAACGGUUGCGUCUGCAUAUCCUAAGAGGAAAAAAAUUGACCUUCAAGAGAAUUAGGACUUUUUUCUUAAUUUCAUUGACUUCAGAGACGAUUGCAGACUUGCAGUUUAAGUAUUGGAAUUUCACAAAAGACAUAGGACUUAACUGGAAAAUGAAAAAAAAAAGAAAAAGAAAAAACUAAACAAAAAAUCCCUCUAGGUAGUUUAGGUGAAAAAUGUCCCUUUUAUUUUGGCUUUGGUUGUGAUUUCAGAGCAUAAUGCUUUGUUUUUUUGUCUUUUUACUAUGUUUUUCGGAUUUUAAAGUCCGUAAGUGCAUACAGUUUUCUCUAAUUUUUAAACCCUUUCCUCCCCCCAUUUUGACAUUUGCACUUGGAGAACACUUGAGUUUUGAAGGUUUUGGGCAUCCACCCCAGAAAGUGGGAAUUUGUUUUUUCCCUUCUGAACUGGAAGAACAUUUUUAUGAAGAAUUUUUGUCUUGGAGAAUUUAACAGUGUUACCCAAGGUUGUGUCUUUAAGGGUGGUUCAUUUUCUCUGACCCUUUGUUAUUCAAAGUAAAAUACUAGGAGUCCUAAGAAAUGUUCUGUUCUUGUACAUUAUACUGAUUAAGUCAGGAUUAAUUUGAUUUCAAAGCUAAGAACAGUGGUAAAAACUUGUUUACAGAAAUGCAUUUUGGAAGAGAAAAAUAUUGUAAAACGUGUAGUGAAUGUUUCUUCAGUUUCUUGUUCAGCCAAUGAGGAAAGGGCAUUGCCUUUCUUUUUACCAUUAAUCACUUCUCAAUAAACGUGAGAUCCUGUUGAGCAUCA